AUGAGGGAUGUUCUGCUGCUUGUGUGGCUGCUCUCGGGGGUGGCCCGGGGGACACAGCCCAAAGGAGGUUACUGCAUUGGAAACAGUUGUAUUGCAGUUUUUGACUUGACAUUGGACUUCAGUGGAGCGCAGGACAUCUGUCAGCAGCACAAAGGAAACCUCAUGACAGUGCGCUCCUCUGUGGCUCAUGACACUCUGUCCUUAUUACUGGGGAACAGCAGUGGGCAGCACUGGAUUGGAUUACACCUCCCAGAAGGCUGUCCCGACACCACAUCAAAUCUGAGAGGAUUCCAGUGGAUCACUGAAGACACAACAAGUGACUUCUUUAACUGGGCAGAAGAUCCCACAGUUGGGAAGUAUGAGGGGUUCCUUCAGAUAUUUCCUCCAGAGCUCCCGGGGAGAGUGGCCAACCUGCAGCCCGUGUGUGUGAAGAGAAGAGCGGCCACGAGCGAUACGUCUCCCCGCUAA